CCCCACCACCUCCCAGCCCCCCCACCCUCAAGCCCGCCCUCAGUGUGGGCCCAGUCAACAUCACCACUCCGCUGGGUUCCCAGGUCACCAUUGACGGCACGCGGGUCACCGUGGGCUGCAACAGCGCCUUCCUGGGGGCCUUCCGCUCGCACCUGCUGACACUGCUGCAGCUGGGACCUGAGUACCUGGACGCGCUGGCAUGCCGGGAUGCGGCUGCUGGGAGCUCAGAAGUCAGCGGCGGCAGUAGCAGCAGCAGUAGCAGCAGCAACAGUACCAGUACUAGCAGCAGCAGCAGCAGCAGCAGCAAUAGUACCAAAACUAGCAGCAGCAAACAGGCUACGUCAGCCGUAGAGCCAGCAGUGGUGGAGGAAGCUGUGGCGGCCGGGCGGCGCCGCUUGCAGCAGUCCUCCAAGGCCUGCAGCAGCCCCUCCCAGCAGCUCUACGUGCCGCUGCGCCUGCCGGACGGGGAGGACGCCAGUCUGUACGGACAGCGCAUUGUGGCGGCGCUCAGCCUGUGGGCCUUCCUGUCGGAUGCCUCCGCGCUGUCGGGCGGUGGCGGCGGCAGCGGCGGUGGCUCAGCGCUGCAGUUCUGCGUGCCGCCGUACACCGCUGCGACCGCAGCCGCCAGCAGCCCCCUGCAGUCUGACAGCAGCCCCCCGCCGCAACGGCAAUCCGCACUCGACGCCGCAUGCUCCGGACUCCCCGUCGGCACCCUGGUGACUCUCAACGGCAUCACCUACUCCUGCCCCCAACCGUCACAACCGCCGCCGCCACCCCAGCUGCAGCCCGCAGCAGCAGCCCCGGUGGUGGCGGCGGCUGCGGCAGCCGGCAGUGGCGGCUCGGGCGGGCCCAAGACCAUGUCGGUGGCUGCGGCUGGGGGCGGGGUGGGCGCGCUGAUAGGAGGGGCGGUGACGGCGGCCGUGAUGCUGAAGCGUCGGCGGCAGCAGCGCCGGCGGCGGCGGGAGGGGGGAUCAGCUAGCGGGGAGGAGGAGUCGGGAUCGACUGAGACGGAAUCCCUGGCUGGGGACGAUGCCAUCAGUGACAGCUGCCGCCCCUCCAAGCCCGCCACCCCCGCCACCAGCCGAGCACUCUCCACCACCGCCCCCUCCGCCACCGCCCAUGCAGCCCCCUGCAAACCCCCUGCCGCCACCGCUACUGCGGUGCGUCCCUCGCGCGACCCCUCCACACGCUCCGUCCUCUCAGCCGCGGUGGAAGUGCUCGGCUUGCCCUCCACCACCGGCCGCUCGGCCCUGUCCUUCCUCCUCCCCUCCGCGCUGUCCCGCCCCGCCUCCACCUCAGCUCACCAUAAAACCAAGACCGACAGCAGCAAGAAGAAGCGCCGGCUGGGCUGGCUGCCCCCGGGCGCAGUGGACGCCACCUCUGAGGGCACCCCCUCUCGGCGUUCCACGGAGGGGAAUACCCCGGCCGCCAGCACCGGCGGCGCCCCGCCCUGCACCACACAAGCGGGUGGUGAUGUUGCGGCUGCGGCCGCUGCGCCUACCGUGCCCACAAUUGCCAUCUUAACUGACCCACCAUCGCCGCCGGCGGGAGCAGCUCCUCCUCCUCCCGACCAUGCGGUGUCGGGCUCCCGCCCCACGACGCCCGCGCCGCAUCGGCAGCGGGGGCUGGAGAAAUCGCCUUCUGCUGCUGCUUCUUGCGCUGAUGUUGCUCCAGCCAAAUCGUCGCCAGCAUUGGACGGCAACCUAGAACCGCAACGGCAGCAACAGCACCAGGAGGGCAUGAUGACGGGCCGCGUCGGCAGUGCGGAUGAUGCACACACGGCGAGCCAUCAGGUGCCUGAGGCGGCCUGUGGGGCGGAACCGAAGCAGGAGGAGGGCGAGGAGAGCAACAUGCAGACGGCAGCAGCAGCGACCGAAGACAGCAGGGAGGCAGACGAGGAGCCGGAGCCGCAGGGCCCACGGGAGCGCAGCACAUGGCCGCAAGCCGCACGACCCAACUGGAUGGCCGUAAGCACCGCGGCAGGGACGGCUGCUGCCGCAACUGGGGCGGCGGACGAAGCGACAGCCGCGGCAGCAGCAGCAGCAUUCCCUGAGCGCUACAGCGAUCCAUGCGACCCACACAACUUCAUCCUGCGUCUGCCGCCGCUGCGGCUGCAACGCUCCACCGGCAUUGCGGGCAGCAGCCUGCGUGCCGGAGAUGCCGCGGCGGCCAGACGUCCGCGCGAGGCCGCUGUCAUCCUGGCGACGGAUGGGGAGUCGGAGUCCGACACGUCGUCGCCCUCCCACAGCCGGGUCCGCUUUGGCGGAGCCGCCCCUGCUGUGGUGCCGCUGCGGGCGCCGCCGGCGGCUCCCGUGCUGCAGGUCAAGCCGGCGGAGGCGCCUCCGGAGCCCAAGGUACGGCGGGUGCGACAGGCGUUGCAGCACGCCUCCUCCUUCAAGCCCAGCGCCCUGCCCGGGAACGCGGUGCUGAUGCUGCCGCAGCCGCAGCAGCCGCCGCCGGAGCAGCAGCAGCCCGGCUCGCCUUGCAGUAACAGGCCGGCGGAGACGUGGGUGCAGGGCAUGAGCCGCAUCGGCCGCAUGGCGCGGGAGGCCUUGCAGCAGAAACAACAACAACCGCAGCAGCAACAGCUGCAGCAGCGACAUCCGCAUGCUAAAGCCAGCAGGCAUGAACUCCCACACUUGGAGCCCAUUCUGCACAGGAUCCUGCACCCCUGGGGCGCAAGCAGCAGCACAGCCGCAUCUAGUACGGUGCCUGCCGCCCCGGUUGCCUCUAGCGGCACCCUGCUGACGGCAGGUGGGGCGCAGCCGGGUGAGGGGUCGCCGGCUUCGGGGGCAGCAGUGCCGGGGACCUCCGGAGCUGCGGAGGGGGCACGGCCCUGCUCCCCUACCGCUGCAACAAGCUUCUGGUCUAAGAGGUGGCGCAAAACUGUACACCCCAUGGAGGCUGCUGCUGCUGCGGCUGAAGGUGCGAGUGCAGCAGCAGCUGCGGAUGCCCAGCCGGAGCACGAGGCCGGGGCCGAGCCCGCCCGGCCCAGGUGGUUCGGGAAGAAGGCGGCGGGACAGCAUCAGGCGUCGGGCGCUACUGCCGCCGCCGCAGCGGCGGUCCUAGCGGCUGCGGGUGUCAGUGCCGCUGCUGCUGCUCGGCGUUCCUCCGGCGGCGGAGCGGAGGAGCUGUGGCAGCGCAUCCGCUCGCAUUCGUUUGCGGGUAUGACUGCCUGGGGCAGCAGGUCGGGCAGUGACACGGAGCGGCAGCGGCGGCGGAGGCGGAAGUCCUCGGGUGGGGGUGCGCUGGGGGGCGGUGGGGUUGGGGAUGGGAGUGAGUCCUCGGCUGCUGGCCUGCCUGGCAGGCUGAGGUGAGGCGGGGUGGGGUAAGGUGGGGUGAGGUGCGCAUGCGGUGCGAUGUGGGUGUGCGGGAGAGAAGGCCUGAGAGCCUUGGGCUGUGUUCAUGCCCCGAGCCGCUAAUCAGCGGUUGCAUUGAGGUUGGUUGUGCCCUAACCCCUGACGCUGCCGGCUGUUCUUGAUAAGCAGGCGGUCAAGCGAUGGAAGAAUUGCAGAGCAUUGUGUAUUGAGGCGCAGAGACCUCUAACUUGCUGCCUAGCGCUCAGUGCUCGAAACAAGUUCAUGAAGAUAUGACGUCGUCGUUGUUGUGGUUGUGUUUACUGUAUUUGAAGAGUGUCCACUAUCGAAGAUUUUAAGGAUGCCCAAUCCCAGGGCAUACCCCCCGAAAUGAAGUUGUUGCUGCUGGAUGCGCAAGUAUGCCACGCCCCAUUGGAUGCGACGAGAAUGUGCAUGGAUGAGCGACAUGCACCAUGUGGGCCGCACUCUUGGUGGCGAGUCAACCCCCCUACCUCCAUCACCUGAUGGCGCAUGGCAUUGCCAUGCAUCGCAUUCAUGUAUUCAUCUUGCAACCUAUGUCUCAUAUUGUGUGGUAUAAGGGGCUCAAAUGUCAAGUGGGGCUCAUAACUCGAAACUCGUCGAUUUUUGCGUUGACUAUAUCGCAGGUCAUACCAUGCACCUGCCCUUCUGUAACAUUGUCCGUCC